AUGGGCGCAUUACUCUCUUUGCCAUUGUUGGCCAUCCCCAGCAUGGGGACGCUCCUCUCCUUCGGCGCCUCAUGCUGCGGUGCAGCGACCUGCUCAGCAGUCUGCUCCUCCUGCGGCUCCUGCCAAAACAGCAUCCUAACCCGCAUCGCCUACGCCCUCCUCCUCCUCCUCAACUCCCUCCUCUCCUGGCUCCUGAUGACGGACUGGGCCGUCAAAAAACUGCAAUCCGUCCUCCUCGACUACGUCACCAUCGACUGCGCAGGCAAACAAUGUUUCGGGUUCGCCGCCGUGCAUCGCGUCAACUUCGCCCUGGGACUGUUCCAUUUCAUGCUCGCGGUCAUGUUGUUGGGGGUGAAUAACUCGAGGGAUAAGCGGGCGCCGAUCCAGAAUGGGUUUUGGGGGCCUAAGAUUGUUGUCUGGUUGGGCUUGAUUGUGGGGAGUUUUUUGAUUCCGAACCGGUUUUUUGAGCUUUGGGGGAAUUAUGUGGCGCUUGUUGGGGCGAUGUUGUUUUUGUUGUUGGGCUUGGUGUUGUUGGUCGAUUUGGCGCAUACGUUUGCUGAGUACUGUAUCGACAAGAUCGAAGAUACGGAUUCCGCGAUGUGGAGGGGGAUCUUGAUCGGGAGUACGGUGGGGAUGUAUUUGGGGUCGAUUGCUAUGACGGUGGUCAUGUACAUCUUCUUCGCCAGGAGCGGGUGUUCGAUGAACCAGGCGGCUAUUACAGUCAACCUCCUCGCCCUCCUCGCCAUCUCCAUCCUCUCCAUCCACCCGGCCAUCCAAUCCUCCAACCCCCGCGCCGGCCUCGCUCAAGCCGCAACCGUAGCAAUCUACUGCACCUACCUGACCUUCUCGGCCGUGGCCAUGGAACCCGACGACAAACAAUGCAACCCCCUGGUCCGCGCGACGGGCACCCGCCAAGCCUCCAUCGUCCUCGGCGCCGUCGUCACUUUCGUCACUUGCGCUUAUACUACUACACGAGCAGCCACAUACGGUCUUGCGCUCGGAACAGGCAAACCGCCGGGUUAUAAUAGUACCCCUGCCGACGACGCGGAAACGGGAUCGCACGACCUCAUCGCCACCCAGCCCGAAAGCCGCAAAGCCAUGCGAGCCGAAGCCCUCCGCCGCGCAGUCUCCGAAGGCGUCCUCCCCGCUUCCGCCUUGAACGACUCCGAGGACUCGGACUCCGACGACGAUGAACCUUCGGGUAAACACAAAAACGACGACGAAAAGCACGGCACGGCGUAUAAUUACGCUUUGUUUCACCUCAUCUUCCUCCUCGCCACGGCGUGGAUCGCUACGCUGUUGACGCAGAAUAUUGGCGGGAGCGAUCAUGGGUUUGAGGGGGAUUUUGUCCCCGUGGGCAGGACGUAUUGGGCUAGUUGGGUUAAGAUUGGGAGUUCGUGGGUUUGUUAUGGGAUUUUUGGGUGGACGUUGGUUGCGCCUUUGGUGUUGCCGGGGAGGUUUGAGUAUUCUUGA